AUGGCCCGACCCGGCCCAAGGGUCCCUGCUUUUUCCUCCUACAGCACCAUUGACGACGACGGCCCAAAUCCCAACGACCCGUCGAGCCUGACUGGAACGACAUCUGACACUCGAUCGCGACGGCCGCGACACGCCGAACGAGCCAACACGGAGCCCAUGCGAAGGGCCCAAUCUAUCGACGGCGUCGCCACGCCCCAGAUUCGCGUCUCGAGCGAUGGCCUGCAGGAAGAUCUCGCUCGCCAGCAACCGCACAUGUCCGACUCGUCCGCGCACCGCCGAAGUCAAGUCACCAUGACGGGCGAUCCCACCAAGAACGAGAGAUGCCGCCGCGGCCCGGGCUCGCAAGCUCUACCACAAAGUCGUCGUCGAGGGCAUCUUGCGCCAGAAGCCCCUGCCGCCGAGCGCCGAUGCCGCCACAUCCCCAUCACGCCUGGCAGGAAACGCGCCGAUCUCCUGACCGACGAGCGUGCCCAGAAACCGUACACAGGCAACUUCAUCCGUUCGAGCCGCUACACCGUCUGGGACUUUUUACCGAAGCAGCUGAUCUUCCAGUUCAGCAAGCUCGGCAACGCCUACUUCCUCGUCAUCUCCAUCAUGCAGAUGAUUCCUGGACUGAGCACAACGGGUCGCUGGACGACGAUAGCGCCCUUGAUGGCCUUUGUGUCACUGUCCAUGGCUAAAGAAGGCUACGACGACUACCGGCGAUAUCUGCUCGACAAGGCCGACAACCGCAGCGAGGUUCUCGUGCUCGGCGAGGAUACGAGGGCACUACACCGUGUCAAGAACAAGACGAAGAAGCACAGCGCGGCAAGGACGGCGGCGACGAGCUGCCCAUGCAUGACAUGGCCGAGUCGCAGGUCGCCCGAGACGGCGACUGGUCCUUGGUGCAGUGGCAGGAUGUCAAGGUUGGCGACAUUCGUGGCCUACAUUGAGACAAUGGCUCUCGAUGGCGAGACGAACCUCAAGGCGAAGCGCGCGCUCCCCGUGCUGGCCGAGCAGUGUGGCACGUCCCAGGGACUGAAAGCCUGCGAUGCGACGGUCGUGUCUGAAGACCCGAAUAUCGACCUCUACCGCUACGACGGCCGCGUGACCAUGAAGGAAGAAACGAUGCCACUUUCGCUGAACAACGUGGUGUACCGUGGCUCGGUCGUUCGCAACACGACCGAAACGAUCGGUCUCGUCGUGAACACGGGCGAGGAGUGCAAGAUUCGCAUGAACGCCAGCAAGCACGUCCACGCCAAGGCGCCGCGAAUGCAAUCCGUCGCGAACCGCUGCAUCAUCUGGCUGGUCUUUGUGCUUCUCGCCCUCAGUGGCGGCCUGACGGGUGGCUAUUAUAUCUGGCGAGACCCGCAAGAGGACGACUCAUGGUUCCUCGGCGGGAGGACGCUCAGCUUCAAGGAAGUCUUUAUUGCGUACAUCAUCAUGUUCAACACCCUCAUUCCACUGUCGCUGUAUAUUAGUUUGGAGAUCAUCAAGGUGAUCCAGUUUUACCUCAUGGGCGAUGUGGAGAUGUACGACCCCGUCACAAACACACCCAUGGUGGCCAACACGACAACCAUCCUCGAGGACUUGGGCCAGGUCAACUACGUCUUUUCCGACAAGACCGGCACGUUAACGGAGAACGUGAUGCGUUUCCGCAAGAUGAGCGUGGCCGGCACGGCGUGGCUGCACGAUAUGGAUGUCGAGCGGGACGAGGAAGCCAAGCAAAAACUUAUCGACAUGGCGCGCAAGAAGCGCAAAGGCAAGGACAAGCAAAAGUCCGAAAAGAGCAAGGCCACGGAGACGAACCCAGGUUCGACCCAGCCGGGCCGUCAGUCCAUGUCUUCGACAAGGUGGAAGGCGUCGACCGCGCGCGCCGAAGAUGAGCCUGAACUCAAGACGGAGGAGCUGCUCGACUACCUCCGCCGUAAACCCAACACGCCAUACUCCAAAAAGGCCAAGCAAUUCUUGCUGUGCCUUGCUCUUUGCCACACCUGCAUUCCCGAGGUUGGUAAGGACGGCCAGACUGAGUACCAAUCUGCGUCUCCGGAUGAGCAGGCCCUCGUUGAAGCUGCGCGCGACCUGGGCUACGUCAUGAUCGACCGACCUAAUCAGGAGGUCAUUCUCCAGCUCCCUGGCCCCGACGGCAACAUCGUGCGCGAGACGUACCAGGUCUUGGAUGUCAUUGAUUUCACGAGCAAGCGGUGCCGACAGCAUCAUCCUGCCGCGGCUGAAGCUGGCCCAUCUGGCCAUGCAGAAAGCCAGUGCCGUCGAGCUCAAGGCGAGCAAGCAUCGGAGCAUGGAGCAGGGCAAGGAGCAGAGGCGGAUCAGCAACAGCACGCCGCGCACGAGCAUGCCCUAGGCCGGCCCUCCAUGUCCAAGCGGCAUAGUCACCUCCUGGACGGCCACCGCAUGUCGAUCGAGGCAGCCGGCGGGCGGUUCUCCGAGCUUUUCAUCCUCGACGCAACGACAGGCCCGAUCAAUGAAGCCAUUUCGGCCGCGCUUGCCGAGGUCGGUCGUGGCAUGCUGCCGCACACGGUCGUCGUGGUCGACGGCCAGACGCUCAGCACUAUCGACAAUGACGAGGGGCUGUCGUACCUCUUUUACGAUUUGGCUGGCCGCGUCGACUCGGUCAUUUGCUGCCGUGCGUCGCCGGCGCAGAAGGCCAACCUCGUCAAACGCAUCCGCCGGCAGGUUCCCAAGUCGCUGACUCUGGCCAUUGGCGACGGUGCUAAUGACAUUGGCAUGAUCCAAGCCUCCCACGUGGGCAUUGGCAUUUCGGGCCGCGAGGGUCUGCAGGCGGCGCGCAUUUCGGACUACUCGAUCGCGCAGUUCCGGUUCUUGCAGCGGUUGCUCUUCGUCCACGGGCGGUGGAACUACCUCCGCACGGGCAAGUACAUCCUCGCCACGUUCUGGAAGGAGAUUGUCUUCUUCCUUCCGCAGGCAUACUACCAGCGGUUCAACGGCUACACGGGCACCUCUCUGUACGAGAACUGGAGUCUGACCGUGUUCAACACGCUCUUCACGUCGCUGCCCGUCAUCUUCCUAGGCGCCUUUGAGAAGGAUCUCAGCGCCGAGACGCUGCUCAAGUACCCCGAGCUCUACUCGUACGGCCACAGGAGCUCGGCCAUCAACCUGUGGCUGUACCUCGGCUGGACCGUCAUGGGCAUUGCCGAGUCGUUUGUCAUUUACUACAUCACCUGGGGCGUCUAUGACAAGCUGCCCUUUGACCAGGACACGUCUCUGUACGCCAUGGGCACGGUUCCGUUUACGGUGUGCGUCGUGUUUAUCAAUCUCAGGCUUUUGGUGCUCGAGAUGCACACCAAGACGAUCAUCAGUUUCCUCGGCGUAUUCCUGUCGGUCGGCGGCUGGUUCUUGUGGAACCUCAUCCUAUCGGGCAUCUUCGAGGAGAGCCUGCGCAUCUACCAGAUCCGCCGGGCGUUCAUUGACAACUUUGGGCGCACGGCCAACUUUUGGGCCGUCGUGCUUGUGGCGCUCGGGGCCGUGCUCGUGCUUGAGCUGCUUGUGCACGCGAUGCGUCGGGUGUACUUUCCGCACGACGUGGACCUCAUGCAGCGAGUCGAGCGCGAGGAGAAGAAGGCCCUGAAGCGCGGGGUCGCCGUCGCCGACGCGGAGGAGGGCGACGGCGCCGAGGCCUUUGAGGCCAAGGACCACCAGGGCGUGAUGCCGCGUUCGGCAGGCACGUCGCAGCAGCGGCUCGACGUGACGCAGGUCGAGGACGGGGGCGACCCCUUUGAGAAGGGGUUCGGCAAGGUCAAAGGUGUGAAGAAGAAGCAGCAGCAGCAGCAGCAGCAGCAGCAGAAGAAAAAGGCGUCGCGGUGGCUGUCGAAGGACAGCGGCGGAGAGGAGACGUCGAUUGAGAUGAGGGCGACGGGGGCCAGUCGAGCCAACGUGUAA